AGAUAUUGAUAAAAGAUCUGAAAAAUAGUACAGUCUAUAAUGAAACAGUUAAAGAAAUAGAAAACAAAGAGAAGGAGAAGGCAGCUAGAAUGGAAGAUGGUGAAUUGACUGAUAGUAGUACAGAUAAUAGAACCCCAACAUUAAGUCCUAGUCCUGUAAGAUGCACUUCUUUUCGGUCAUUGACUUUAAGCCCACCUUUGGACAAGACAGAAAGUAAAACAAGUCCUCAGAAAGGGGAAGUAACAGCAAAAAACGAUUUGAGAUUAAUUUUGAGAGAAAAAGAAAAGAAAAGAUUAGGCGAUAUAGACAAAAGAUUAGACGGGACAGAAAAACCGAAGUUAUACAUGGACAGUGAAUAUAAAGAAAAAGCAUACAAUUACAGUAGUAAAAGUACAAAUAAAGAUAGCAAACAUGGUCAAAACUGUCAUUCUCAAGAAAGAAGGAGAUCUGAAUCCCGUACACGUAUAAAUUUGCGUAGAAGUAGAAGCAGAGGAAGAGAUAAACGGAGAGACAAGAGUAGAGAUAGGUGUCAUAGUAGUCGAAGCAGCGAUAGACGAGAAUCUUUAAAAUGUAGAGAACGGCGCAGACAUAGGAGUCGCAGUGAUGAUAAAAGCAGAGAUAAAUAUAUACGAGGUCGUAGCAGAAGUAGAAGUAGGGAACGGAAGGAACGAAUAGAAAUCGAUAAAAAGAAAUUGCUGGAGAUAGCAAGGAGAAAUGCAAUAAACAUGAUUAAGCAAGGAACAUUACCAUUGGUACAGCAAGAUAAAGCUAUUGCCGCGAUACAAGCUGGAGGGAAAACGGUAGAUGAACUCACAGGUACGUGUAUUGAUAACAUAAAAUUAUUAGUUUUAUUAAUAUAUAAAUAA